AAAUGGGCAUUCGGGUCCAACAGAGAUGACCAGCAUGGAUUUACAAAGUGCACAGGUAUUGUUUUUCAUACUCGUGCACUUGCACUGGAGCCACACUACAGAUAUAUGUGCACCGGGUGAAGACUGCAAAAAUAAAGAAGUGUUUGACAAAUCAGUGACAACGAUCCCUGAAAAUCUGAAAGAUGGAGCAGAUGAAAUAUUUUUUGUAAACAGUAAGAUUGAUGUCAUACCAAAAGGAGCUUUUUCUAAAAAUCCUCAAAUAAAAAAACUGGAAUUUCUUGGUACUUCGACUGAGUCUGUAGAGGUCGGAGCCUUUGAGGGUUUAUCUGAUAUCUCCACCAUUGAGAUAUCUAGCACAAACGUGACAUCAUUACCUGUGGGUGUUUUUAAGGAUCUCGUCAACCUUCAAAGACUUGUUUUAAAAAGCAACAAAAUCAACAUCCUUGAAAAUGGGUUAUUUGAUGAUCUAACCCAGCUCCAAGAAUUAUUUCUACAUAUGAAUGAGAUCACCUCGAUCGAGGAGGGGACAUUUGACAAUUUAGAGAAUCUCAAACUUCUUCAUCUUGCAAAAAACAACCUCAACUCCGUAUCAACAUCUCUCUUUUCCAAACUCAAGAGCUUACGCAUUUUCAGACUUUAUGAGAAUGUGCUGACUGCAAUGCCUGAUGGGAUUUUUGAUAGUCUUUCUGAUCUGACAGAGAUAGCCUUGCAAGGCAACCAAAUUUCCUCCAUACAACCAAAUUUGUUUCCACACAGAAGCAAAUUAGUAAAACUCUUUUUGGACCAUAAUCUUUUGACGGAGUUGGAGCAAGAGCUACUUGUAGGUUUCAUUCAAUUAAAGACUUUAACUCUGCAUAACAAUCAACUCACCAGUCUUCCCAAUGUGCUUUUUGGAGAAAUGCCCAAAUUGACUGAACUGAGUUUGAACCAUAACAAUCUCACACACUUACCACCUGGAGUUUUCAGCCCACUUAAGAGGCUCAAAAAGUUAGAUCUUUCUUCAAACCAUUUCUCGACGAUAUCUGGAGACUUUUUUGAGGGUCUUGAGAAACUGGCUGAUCUGAAUCUUCAAAAUAACUACAUAAAGUCAUUAAAACAAGAAGACUUUGACAAACUUCCGAUCCUUUCAAUACUCAGACUGGAACACAAUAAACUACAAAAUCUUCCUGGAGAUAUUUUUGACUCUCAUCCAAAACUCAGCAAACUCUACCUGAACAACAACCCAUGGCAGUGUGAUUGUAACCUGUUGCCAUUCUUUAAAUGGCUGAAGGACAAUAAAGACAAGGUUAAAUCAAGACCUCCCCUCUGUGAGUCCCCAAAUCAUCUGCUAAAUCAACCAAUCCACUCUUUAGAAGAAAAUGAUUUAAUAUGCCUUACAACUUUACCACCUACCACACCUCUCCUUACAACCACCGAGCCCAUGACAACAACAAAGUUAACCACCACAACACCAACAGCACCCACAAUGACAACCACAACACCUACAACAACUACUCAACCCACAACUGUGCCAACCACCACCGCUACAACUACAGCUUUAACAACAACAGUGCCAACCACCACAUCAACAACUACUCUACAACCGAUUACUGCACCAAUAACAACAUCAGUGCCGUCUACAGCAUCACCAACUACAUUACAACCAACAACUACAACCCUUAAGACUACAUCAAUGCCAACCACAAUAUCAACAACAACGCUACAACCAACAACUACAACAUUGACAACCACAUCAGAGCCAACCACAAUAUCAACAACUACAUUAAAACCAACAACUACAACCCAGAAGACUACAUUCAUCCCAACAACUACAUUUCAACCAACAACUACAACCCUGAAGACUACAUCCAUCCCAACCACCAUUCCAACAACUACAUUACAAUCAACAACUACAACCCAGAAGACUACAACCAUCCCAACAACUACAUUUCAACCAACAACUACAACCCUGAAGACUACAUCCUUGCCAACAACCAUCCCAACACUACAACCAACAACUACAAUUCCUACCACAUCAACAUUUCAAACAACAGUUGCAACAACUUCAGUAGCUACAACCAUGUUAAUCCCUACCACUAUUACAAGUCACAAAAUAACCUUACCACCCAGCACAACAACAAGGAGAACCACACCAUUUCUGACCACAGCGAAUAGUUUCACGUGUGGCUCUCUUCAGACACCUCCAUCAAGCCACACUUCUGUCCACGAGUACUCAUCAUGCAAGGAACUGGCGAUAUUUUACACUACGAUGCUGCUGGUGGAAAUAUGCUGUACUCUGGUGCUGGCCAAAUUCACUUACUCAUUAUAUUGCUCACUGGAGCAAAGGGAGAGACUGCACAACCAAGUCAAGCUGACUCACUUCUCCUAUACUAAGUCCAUUUCUCUUAGGCCAGUGGAGGAGACAGAGACUAUAGCGCUAUGAUUUCUAUUUUCAAUUAUUUAUUCAUUUUCUUUUUGGCUUAGUCCCUUUAUUAAUCAGGGGUUGCCACAGUGGAAUGAACCGCCAACUUAUUCAGCAUAUGUUUUACGCAGCGGAUGCCCUUCCAGCUGCAACCCAUCAGUGGGAAAUAUUUCUAUUUUAUUUGUUUCGUUUCAUUUCGUUUCAUUUCAUUUUACUUGAGGUGGUGGUACUGCCAGUGAGACUAUAGCUCUGUGUUUAUUUUAUUUUAUUUUAUUUUAUUUUAUUUUAUUUUAUUUUAUUUUAUUUUAUUUUAUU